AUGCACUGCUUAUCACUUAAUCCUCCAUUAUCGCUCUUUCACCAUGAACAGGCCUUCAUCAAGCUCAGACUCCGAUCAUGUCUUCUCGGCACCAAGCUGCUUCUCGUUUCCCAUUCUUCCUCGUCGCCGCAUGGAGUUGUUGUCUCUUCUUCUGCAGCCGCCUCCGCCGUCGUAGCAGCGGAGAACGGAGACGGUUUCGGCCAGGAAUUACGCCGUCUUUUGUCGCUGGUUCCGGAAAAGAUGCGGCGGAAACUGGAAGAUCACCUGGAAAUAAGUGAACUGAUUGAGGUGGUUUUGGAUUUAGGUCGUAAUCCCCUUGCUCGGUUUCCGUCGGGCGAUUUUGUCAUCUCCGACGACGCUGUUAGGGUUCAGGAUCUUCAAUUCGCUGUCUCUCAGGUUGGUGAGUUUACUAAUGAUAAUAGGGCAGGAAUAAGCCGGACAUUGCAUAGGAUUAGUGCCAUAAGGAACAGAAAGGGAGAGAUUGUUGGCUUAACUUGCCGUGUUGGAAGGGCUGUUAGGGGAAGUGCCAAUUUGCUGCGAGAUUUAGUCCAAGAUGGGAACUCUUUGCUGCUGAUCGGUCCCCCGGGUGUUGGAAAAACUACAAUGAUCAGGGAGGUAGCUCGGAUGCUGGCAAAUGAUUACAAGAAACGUGUAAUGAUUGUUGACACCUCCAACGAGAUAGGCGGUGAUGGUGAUAUACCUCAUCCAGGGAUUGGUGAUGCAAGGCGGAUGCAAGUCCCUGACUCUGAAAUGCAACACAAGGUACUGAUAGAAGCUGUUGAAAAUCACAUGCCUCAAGUGAUUGUGAUAGAUGAGAUUGGAACUAAACUUGAAGCGAUGGCUGCAAGCACAAUAGCAGAACGUGGGAUUCAGUUAGUUGCUACUGCUCAUGGAGCAACCAUAGAGAAUUUGGUCAUGAAUCCUUCACUAGACCUUCUUGUUGGGGGAGUACAGAAUGUGACUCUUGGAGAUGAGGAAGCAACCCGAAGAGGUGGCCAGAAGACGGUCCUUGAAAGGAAAGGCCCUCCAACAUUUAGUUGUGGCGUAGAAAUAAUUUCAAAGGCUGAGAUUCGAGUUCAUCGUAGUCUUGAAGCCACUGUUGAUACUGUUCUCGCAGGCCGUUCGCCGAACGUCGAAAUCCGUAAGAUAAAUUCCCAAGGAGAGGAAGUCAUUGUGGAGAAGGAACCUGCCAUUGACAUGACACUGAACAAGAAACAUGAAAUGGUUACUAGAGAUAUUCCUGAGCUGAUCUCAGAAGCAACCAAAUCCGAGUUCCUCUCAUCUGAGGAGAUAACCGAAGCUGAAGUUAUCAAAGACGAAAUGCCACUCUAUCUGUACGUCUAUGGGGUUGCAGAGUCGAGUGUUGUGCAUGGAAUUAAACAAUUAGAGGUGGAAACUGUGGUGGAGUUAACUGACGACAUUAGUGAAGCAGAUGCCUUACUCGCCUUGCAAUCCAAGCUCAAGAAGAAUCCUCGGAUUAAAUCAGUGGCUACAACUCACGGCAUACCUGUUUACCUAACAAAGACUAGCUCGGUUGUUCAGGUAACCAAGGCAUUACGGGCAUUACUAACCGAUUACGAAGAUGGGCUAGGAGAGUUUGGUUCAGAAGACGGUGCAAAACUGUCGGAAAAGAUGGAUGCCCUAGAGGUACGAGUAACAACAACCCGGGACUUAGUGUGCAAAGGGUCCGAGAUGUGUCUCCGGAUACUCCCGUAUGGCACAAACGAUGUCAUAGAUGAAGACGAAGACGAAGACGAUGAGGAUGAUGAAUUCGACGAGUUUCUUGGUUCCACUGGUGACUCUGAUGGUUCACCCUUCACCAUUGACAGGUUACCUCUACUACCUGACUAGUUUUUUUUCCCCAGUCUGCACUUCUUCAUCUCUUGUCCUAUGGUUCUCAUCAUUCAUAAAGAUUCUUAGAUUUUGUUGAUUUGAUGAAAGGUGAAACUACACGAAAUCGAAUUUACAGUAUAAAUGCAUAUCCUUUUUUUUUUUUGUUUUGGGUGUUUUAGGAGGUUUUUCAAUAUUAUUGAAGUUUUGUUUCUUUUUUUUUUUUGUUUUUGUAAAGAUUUUUUUUUUAGUUGGGUAAGGUUAUGACUUACGAGUGGAUCAUGUGAGAAAAUGCCGACCAGACCGUGGUGGUCGGAGGUAGUUAAGUAGAGAGACCAAUGAGAGUGGUCCAGGAGGCUACUCAAUGAAAAGGACCGACUUAUCUUAACCUAUAUGAAGUCUUUAUUAUGCUUUCUCAA